GACAAAAUUCCCGAGAUUUGUUGGGGUUCGGCGCUUUGCACUGUACUUCUACAUAACAGCAUCCCAAAAUAUCACAUUCUCAGGUCCAUGAAAGAUCUUCUCCCAGGUAUGCUUAUGUUACCACCGGCCGACUAAAUCUCCGAAGUAUUCACUGUUCCAUGAGAGAUUUUGAGAGAGUUUCUGUUUCCAACACGGCAGCCAAUGGAUACCCCCCAAACGACAACUGGUGCGAGGUAUGUGAUAAAAGCGGAAUUCCUUGGUCAGCACGUAUUUGUGUCUGCUCCCCGUGUCUCCAAGGGUCCAGGAUCAAUGCAGGCUGUAGUAUCCGCCCAGAGUCAUCUAUUCCCCUGCAAUCGGGUCGACCUGCGCCGUACAUAUAUUUGCUUGCCUGCACACAACGCACGCCGAAAAAGAUCUCGCAAGUCGCAAGCUCGCAAUCGGACUUUCGGGUAAAUAACUGGCAUGCUUGAUCUGAGCCGCUAAAGGGGCCGACUUUGGACUCUCUUUCUUGUUCUGCAACCUUCGCCCCCAUGCUUGCCUUUGCCAUGGAUUCACGCACUCUUAUAUAUGUAUUCAAAGUGCCCCAG